AUGUUUAAAAACACCAAAAUACUAUCACGUAGAUUAUCUACAUUUUCAUUACCAGUAAAUAAAUCAUUAGAAGGUAUAAAAGCAACAGGAGAGAAUUUUCAAGGUUUAUUUUCAAAUAAAACAAUAAAUCAAUUAUGGUUUGAAAGAGGUGAAAAUUUAUCAUCGAAUUUAAAUAAUUUAUUAAGUCAAACAUCAAUAUUAAAAAAUGAUAAAGAAUAUUCAUUACAAACUAUUAUAUCAUUAAGUAUGAAUACACCUGAACUAUAUCAAUUACAUAAAUAUGCUUCAAAUUUAUUUAAUUUAAAUUUUUUCAUUGAAAGUUUAAAACAAAAUGAUGCAAAUAAAAUCGAGAAGAAGAAUGUUGAUGCAUUAUUAGAAACUCCAAAAAACUCAUUUGGUAAUAUACCUACUGAUCAUGAUUUCUUGGAUUGGAUAAAUUAUUCAUUUGGUUCAAUUGAAGAAUUUAGAAAUUUAUUAAUAAAUUCUGGUAGGGCCAUAAAUGGUGAUGGUAUAGUUUGGGUUGUUGCUGAAUCUUCAAUGAGUGAAAAUUAUUUGGAUAAAAAUUUACCACAAAAGGUUCCAAGGUUUACAAAUUUAGCAAUUGUAAAUACUUAUAAUGGUGGAGUUUUAAAUGAUGCUGAAAGAUCAGGACAAAUUAGUAGAAUGAAGAAAUUAUUAAAAGAAGAAACAGAAGAAGACGAAUUAGAACUAGGUUCAGUUGAAGAAGCUGAAUAUAAUGUUGCAUAUCACAAUAAAAGUUUAAUACCUAUAUUAUCAAUCGAUGUAAGUCCAAGAAAUUAUUUAUUAGAUUAUGGUGUUUUUGGUAAACAAAAAUAUCUUGAAAACGUUUGGGAAUGUAUUGAUUGGGAUGUUGUAUUAAGAAGAUUACCUGAAAGAACAACACAACUUAUAACCAUGUAA